ACUGCAUGAGAUUUGCCGUAGUCAAAUAACAUAUUUUGAGCAAAGUAGAAGCCACCUUUGUGACGAUUCACUCAAAGCUUUGGUUUCCCACUUCACUGGGUCGAGACGUGAAUCUAUGCCUCAGCCUUCGUAACCAUUCCCAGAUUGAGCCCUCCCACCAAAUUCGCAAAUCAAACCCUAAUCUAUUUUCCCCAAAUCUGUAACUGAACCUGAAUCUAAUCUAAGCGUGCGUUUGCAUUCCAGCUUCGUUCAGAGGUGAGACGAUGAUAUCGGGGGGAGGAAGAUCGUCAACAUCGUCGUGGGUAGCGACGACAUCGGUGUCGGCAUCUGGAAAGAGGAUUCAGAGGGAAAUGGUGGAACUUAACAACGACCCUCCUCCCCAUUGCUCUGCUGGGCCCAAAGGCGAUAACCUCUAUCACUGGAUUGCCACGAUUAUGGGUACCCCGGGAACUCCAUACCAAGGUGGCAUUUUCUUCCUUGACAUCAUUUUUCCUACUGAUUAUCCCUUCAACCCUCCACAGGUAAUUUUCAAAACUCGCAUUUACCACUGCAACGUAGACCUUGAUGGCCAUGUUAGUAUGAGAUUAUUGAAGGAUGAUUGGAGUCCAGCACUAACAAUUACUAAGGUCCUACUUGCUGUUAGAUCAAUUUUUACUAAUCCUGACCCUUAUAAUGCAGUUGUACCUGGCAUUGCUCACUUGUAUUUGGGAGACAGGGAGAAACAUGAUGACAUUGCUGCAGAGUGGACUGUUCGAUUUGCCAAGUAAAUAUGAUACAAGAGGCCUUUGACUGGCUUACACCUUAGAUAUCGUGUUUCAAUAUUCAUGUAAAUGAGAAUGAUAGUGAGGGUUAACCUUACAAUUGUUUAGACUUAAAACGAAUUUUAAGAUAAAACUAGUUAGCACUAUUGAACAU